AUGAUCACGCCGGCAGAUGUCUCCGCGACAAGCUCUCUCGACCGGGAAACCAUUUCAGGUUCUUCGGAUCGGGUCGGAGCCUCUCCUAUGCAGAAUGACCAAAGCACCUCAAUUGCAGAUAGUCACGGUGUCACUAAUGCAUAUUCGCCUGAGGACCGUCAAGUCAGUCCAGUUCAAAAUUCAGCCCAAGAUCCAGCCCAAGAUGUUGCCACAGGAUCGGCCACGAUCAAUAGCUCGGCUUUCUCCUUGCACCAAGCAAUAAAGAACCAUGAUAUGGAGUCUCUGAAUCGCCUCUUGAAUCAGGGGGUUGAUGUAAACAGCACUAACGGAGACUAUGAGCGGCCGCUUUACUACGCCUGUGAAGUUGGCCUUCAAGAGGCUGUUGAGCCCCUUUUAGAAGCCGGCGCGGACGCAGAAGCCAGGUCGAUCAACUAUGUUUCGUCACCACACCCGACCGCCCUGUUUCUGACUGUCGAAAAGUCUUGGAUUCAGCUGACGGAACUGCUUUUGAAAAGUGGCGCUGAUAUCAAUGCUACAAACCUAAAGCACUCGACAGUGCUUUCUAUGGCGAUUCACAAGCGAGAUGUGAACAUGAUUCGCCUACUGCUUCGUUAUGGUGCGGACAAGAAUCUACAGAACCUGGAUGGCGAGACUUCAAUUGACCUUGCCCGAGGCUCGCAAGACAUCUCAUCACUGUUUGAAAGGUCACAAGGCCCUCCAACGACGACAGCCGAACUGCAAGAGGCUUGUCGUGUGCCAAUACACAGGGUUCGACCUCCCACAUACAAUCGCGAUAAAAUGAUCGCAUGCCAUAACUUUCAGGCCGCACUCGUUGAAUUCCAUGUGGACAAAUUUGAAGAGCGCAAGACGGAGAUCAUGAGUGUCUAUGAACUUCUGUAUGGCCAUAAACCUUCAGCAAAGCCAUCAGAGGAGGGAACAAACCACCGUGUAUUUCGAUGGUACCAUUUGCCAGCAAACAAUAUGGAAUGGGUGGAGGCGACAGGACUUGGUGGCACGACUGGUGUUCGAAUCGAGUCUUUGCAGAUUAGCCUGACCGGUGAUGAGAAGGUCUCGAAACAGAUUGUAGCAUUUGCCCCUUACCUGCACUUUGAAGAUCAACCAAAAUUUGCAGCCAGAACUGAUGAGCUGCGCGGCAUUCUCAGCUCGUUGGCAGAAGUGAAGACAAGAAUGGUGCAUCCAAGCAGGAGAAGAGAUUACAAUUCCAGCAGGCCUUAUGAGAGACUCGACCCAGACGAUCCAUCUAAUUGGAGGGCCGCUGAGUCCUUGCAUAUUCAUCUGCUCAAAGGAUACUUGACACCUGAAAUGAAAAAUGAUGUACCUCGGCUACAUAUACGACGUACUCUGGAUCAGUAUCUUUACACUCAUUUAGACACACAAGAGCGCGACAAAGAUCAAGUGGUUUCCAGAUGGAUGGCCAGAUCAAAUAACCCAUCUAUCUCGAAGGUUCCAAAGAUGUUCAUGGUAGACCAACUGUGGCUCUGGAUCAUCAAUGAAGAAGAUACCGUGAUAACAUGCGCCUCCGAAGAUAUGAACAGCCUCUCAGCUCCCCUGGCGCCAAUAGAACCCGCCCGAAGUCCGCUUGUAAACAAUGAGCGUAACCAUGCUUCAGAAUCAUUACAAAGAGCACAAGAGACUGCUGUUCCUAGCAUUCUAACAAUGAUUAGAAACCGAACAAGGGAUCAGAGAGGACGAGAGUUGACCCGUACGGCCCCUGAGUUCUUGCCAGCAUCUCCGGGUCCUUCCAUAAAUCACCUGUCAUCCGUUGAAGAUGUGUCAGGACCGAGAGCAGAAGUCAAAAACAGCGAAAGCCCCGUCAUUACCGGCCAUACCCCUCUAGAUGUACGGCAGAAAAUUUUGAGGUAUCUUGAAAAAGUCGACAGGGCACCCAUAGAGACUCCCUAUCAGCUGGCUAGCAUAAUCACACGACUCUCCAUGAGUGUAUUUGACCACCAUGAAGUACCAGCAGAAUUCCAAUUCUUUGACUUCUUUGAACAAUCAAUUGGAGUAGUUGUAACACAUCUGCUCCGACUCUUCAAGGAUCGGGCUACUAACGACAAAGGUGAUAACUUACAGGGCCACAUAGACAUUCAAGAGGAGGCCAAUCUCCUUGUUGAGAUAGAGGACAUACAUGAUGAGUUGAUGAUUCUUGAAAAAAUACUCGAGGAUCAAAAGUCUUUCAUGCAAGAUUUUGGGAUGACUUUGACGGAUGCAACUACCAGCGAUGAUGGCAACGACCAUAUAAGCAAUAGCCUUCCCGUCGAAGACCAUUUUAUCAUCGAAAAUCAUGUUCAAAGAGUUGAUUCAAUGCUGAAGAGCACCGAAAAGACCAAGAACACGGCAAGUCGCCUCCUUUUGUCCUUGCUGGACUUGAAACAAAAGCAAGCCAGCAUAUUCCAGGCCAUGGCUUCCGUCGAGUAUUCCCGACAGCAGGCCAACCAGGCCAGAGAAACGGCAAUACAGGGGCGAACGCUCAUGCUCUUCACGGUCGUAACAAUCUUAUUCCUCCCCCUCUCGUUCAUGUCGGCCUUUUUCGCCAUUGAGAUUGAUGUAUUUCCCGUCAACGAUAACGGAAAGCUUCAGCUAGACUAUAUUCUCAAAUACAUGGGUAAGUGGUGGUCAGUUACGCCAUUGUGUUGCCAUAACUGA